AUGGUGCUUUCAAGCCUCGGGCAGCGGAUCAGCUCCGCUGUCUCGGACUUGACCAGAGCACCAACUUUGGAUGAGAAGGCUUUCGAUGGAAUGGUCAAAGAGAUCUGCAAUGCCUUGAUCGAAGCCGAUGUCAGUGUCCGACUAGUGUCCGGGCUACGAACCUCGAUACGCAAGAAAGUCAACUUCAAAGAGUUGGGCCAGGGCGUCAAUAAGAAGCGCAUAAUCCAGAAGGCUGUCUUCGACGAACUGGUCAGCCUUGUCAACCCUCAUGCCGAGCCGUUCAAACCGAAGAAGGGCAAACCAAAUGUUAUCAUGUUCGUCGGAUUACAAGGUGCGGGAAAGACGACAACGUGCACGAAAAUUGCCCGAUUCUACGCAGUUCGGGGCUUCCGAUCAUGUCUCGUGUGCGCGGAUACUUUCCGUGCCGGUGCCUUUGACCAGCUGAAGCAGAAUGCGACGAAGGCGAAGAUCCCGUACUACGGCAAUCUAUUGCAACCCGACCCGGUAGUGGUCGCACGUGAGGGUGUGGAGAAGUUCAAGAAAGAGAGGUUCGAUAUUAUCAUCGUGGAUACAUCCGGUCGACAUCGGCAAGAAGAGGAUUUAUUCACCGAGAUGGUGGAUAUCCAACGGGCUAUCAAACCCGAUCAGACAAUCAUGGUUCUAGAUGGCUCAAUAGGCCAAGCCGCCGAAGCGCAAUCAAGAGCAUUCAAAGAGGCGGCUGACUUUGGGGCGAUCAUUAUUACGAAGACCGACGGUGCCGCCAAAGGCGGUGGCGCCAUUUCUGCAGUGGCUACCACUCACACUCCUAUUAUCUUCCUCGGGAGUGGCGAGCACCUCCUCGAUCUAGAACGGUUCGAACCGGAACGCUUCGUGAGCAAGCUACUUGGCCUGGGGGAUAUGGCCGGCUUGGUCGAGCACGUCCAAUCGAUGAACCUCAACCAGAAAGAUACCAUGAAACAUAUUGCCGAGGGUGUCUUCACCGUCCGGGAUCUCCGCGACCAACUCUCUGGAAUCAUGAAGAUGGGUCCCCUAUCCAAGAUGGCCGGCAUGAUCCCCGGCCUCUCCAAUAUGAUGCAGGGCAUGGACGAUGACGAAGGCUCCACGAAACUCCGCCGCAUGAUCUGCAUCUGCGACUCCAUGACCCUGAAAGAGCUGGACUCGGACGGCCGCAUCCUCGUCAACCAGCCCAGCCGCCAGGUACGGAUCGCUCGCGGAUCCGGCACCAGCGUCCGUGAGGUAGAGGACCUGCUGACCCAGCAUCGGAUGAUGGCCGGUAUGGCGAAGAAGAUGAAGGGCGGCAUGGCGAAUAUGCAGCGCGCACAGGGUCAGUUGGGUGGGAAGAAUAAUCGGCAGCAGAUGGAGGCCAUGCAGCGGAGGAUGCAGAGUAUGGGCGGGGGAGGGAUGCCUGGUGGAGCGGACAUGGCGAGUUUGAUGAAGAUGAUGGGCGGAGGAGCGGGAGGGAUGCCGGGUAUGGGAGGCGGUGGGAUGCCGGAUAUGUCCCAGCUGAUGAAGAUGAUGGGCGGUGGCAUGGGCGGCGGGAUGCCCGGGAUGCCCGGGAUGCCGGGUGGUGGCGGACGGGGGAGGAGAUGA